AAAGGAAGGGUUGGAGGAGGGAGAGGAAGGAGGCAAUGGAGCCUGUGCACAUUCCUUGUCCUUCUAGAAAAUGGAGCUGGCGCUGGUGCCCCUGAGUGCCCAUGGCAACUUCUAUGAGGGGGACUGCUACGUCAUCCUCUCGACCCGGAGAGUGGGCGGGGUCAUCUCCCAGGACAUCCACUUCUGGAUCGGGAAGGACUCCUCUCAGGAUGAGCAGAGCUGCGCAGCCAUCUACACCACGCAGCUGGAUGACUACCUGGGGGGCAGCCCCGUGCAGCACCGAGAGGUCCAGUACCAUGAGUCCGACACCUUCCGCGGCUACUUCAAGCAGGGCAUCAUCUACAAGAAGGGGGGUGUGGCCUCUGGGAUGAAGCACGUGGAGACCAACACCUAUGAUGUGAAGCGGCUGUUACACGUGAAGGGGAAGAGAAACAUAAGGGCCACUGAGGUGGAAAUGAGCUGGGACAGUUUUAACCAAGGUGAUGUCUUCUUGCUGGACCUCGGGAAGGUUAUCAUCCAAUGGAAUGGCCCAGAGAGCAACAGUGGGGAGCGCCUAAAGGCUAUGCUUCUGGCAAAAGAUAUUCGGGACAGGGAGCGAGGAGGCCGUGCUGAAAUAGGCGUGAUCGAGGGAGACAAGGAGGCGGCAACUCCAGAGCUGACGAAGGUCCUUCAGGACACCCUGGGCCGGCGUUCUAUUAUCAAGCCUGCGGUCCCAGAUGAGAUCAUAGAUCAGCAGCAGAAAUCAAAUAUCGUGUUAUAUCAUGUCUCAGACUCAGCUGGGCAGCUGGAGGUCACAGAGGUAGCAAUGAGGCCUCUGGUCCAGGAUUUGCUGAACCACGAUGACUGCUAUAUCCUGGACCAUGGUGGAUCCAAGGUCUAUGUGUGGAAAGGAAGAGGAGCCACAAAGGCUGAGAAACAGAUGGCCAUGUCUACAGCCCUGAACUUCAUCAAGAUGAAGGGCUACUCCAGCAGCACCAAUGUGGAGACCGUCAAUGAUGGUGCUGAAUCAGCCAUGUUCAAGCAGCUGUUCCAGAAGUGGACAGUGAAGGAGCAGACCACGGGCCUGGGGAAAAUAUUCAGCGUUGGCAAAAUCGCUAAAGUUUUCCAGGAUAAAUUUGAUGUGACUCUGUUGCACACCAAACCAGAGGUAGCUGCCCAGGAAAGAAUGGUGGAUGAUGGCAGUGGAAAAAUUGAGGUCUGGAGAAUUGAAAACUUGGAGCUGGUCCCCGUGGAGCAUCAGUGGUAUGGCUUCUUUUAUGGGGGAGACUGCUAUCUGGUUCUCUAUACAUACGAGGUUUACGGGAAACCACAUUACAUCUUGUACAUCUGGCAGGGCCGCCACGCCUCACAGGACGAGCUGGCAGCCUCGGCGUACCAGGCCGUGGAGGUGGAUCAGAAGUUUCAUGGGGCUCCUGUGCAGGUUCGGGUUACCAUGGGGAAGGAACCACGCCACUUCAUGGCCAUCUUCAAAGGAAAGCUGGUUAUUUUUGAGGGCGGGACUUCCAGGAAGGGAACUGCCGAGCCCGAACCUCCGGUAAGACUCUUCCAGAUUCAAGGAAAUGACAAAUCUAACACCAAAGCCGUGGAAGUUUCAGCCUUUGCCUCCUCCCUAAACUCCAAUGACGUCUUCCUGCUGCGGACCCAGGCGGAGCACUACCUGUGGUAUGGCAAGGGGUCUAGUGGGGAUGAGCGGGCAAUGGCUAAGGAACUGGCCGGGCUUCUUUGUAAUGGCACUGAAGAUGCUGUGGCUGAGGGCCAGGAGCCCCCCGAGUUCUGGGACCUGCUGGGAGGGAAAACUCCCUAUGCCAGUAACAAAAGGCUACAGCAGGAAAUCCUAGAUGUCCAGUCCCGUCUCUUUGAAUGUUCCAAUAAGACUGGCCGGUUCACUGUCACUGAGAUCACAGACUUCACCCAGGAUGACCUGAACCCUGACGAUGUGAUGCUCCUGGAUACCUGGGACCAGGUGUUCUUGUGGAUUGGGGCUGAGGCCAAUGCCACAGAGAAGGAGAGAGCUCUUGCCACGGCCCAGGAGUACCUGCACACUCACCCCAGUGGCCGAGACCCUGAGACGCCAAUCCUGAUCAUUAAACAGGGGUUUGAGCCUCCUACCUUCACAGGCUGGUUCUUGGCCUGGGACUCUCACCUCUGGAGUGCAGGGAAAUCAUAUGAACAGCUAAAAGAAGAGCUGGGAGACGCUGCUGCUGUCAUAAGAAUCACUGCUGACAUGAGGAAUACAACUCUGUCCCUGGAUUCUGAGAUAAAAUAUUACCCUAUAGAAGUUCUAUUGAAAAAUCAAAACCAAGAAUUGCCUGAGGAUGUGGACCCUGCCAAAAAGGAAAAUUACCUCUCUGAACAGGACUUUGUUUCUGUGUUUGGCAUCACACGAAAGCAAUUUGCUGCUCUGGCUGGCUGGAAACAGCUCCAAAUGAAGAAAGAAAAGGGGCUUUUCUAA